AUAUGAAAAACGUAUAUUUAGUGAGUGGUCUAAAAGUGUAGAUGAAAUUUGUUCAUUUAAUUUAUCUCAACCAUUACUCGUACGUGAUCCCAGUACAAAAAUGCUCGCCGUCAAUUUUGAUGCAAAACUUGUGGCUGUUCUACGUGAAGUAAAAUAUUUAGGUAUACGUGCAGAAGAAACCAUACCUGAAUCAGCAAAUAAAUUAUAUGAACAAAACGAUAAAUUGCGCAAUUUUCAUAUUAGUUUAGAUAUGACUGUUCAAGCUUAUAGGUAUUUAUCCAAUCAACUUAUAUCUGAAGAGUCAGAAUUAAUAACAGAUCAGUUACGCGAGUUUGAUGAACAGGCUGAAAAAGCAGAAACUGUAUUGAACUGGCAAACUAGUGAUGCAUGGGAUUAUAUACAGAAAACACGAAGUAAAAUUGAAGAUUUAAAACACCGUGUUGUACAAACCCAAGAAAAUAUGCAACAAAUUCAAUUAAUUAUGACUACUUGGUCUAAAUUACCAUUAUUUGAACGCAAAGAUGGUAAAAGGGAGACGUUGCUAGGAUUAGAUGAUAGGGAGGAUAGAUGCUCUAAAAGAUAUACAGAAAUUACUGAAGCAGGUAAACAAGUUCUCAAUAUUUUACAGACAAACCGUGAAUUGUUCAAAGCCAAUGAAAACGAUCCUGCUUGGGCAAGAUACAUAAAAUAUGUCGAUAAUAUUGUAGAGAGCGGUCUGAUUCAAACAAUAGAAUGUAGUUUGAACUACUUAAUUACAGAAACUGAAGAUCUGCCAACAACAGCUGCCCUCUUGGAAUCUCAGAUGGAAUUAAAAGCACCAGAUAUAUCAUUUCAACCAUCAAUGGAUACAGAAUCAAAUAAUGGCUUGUAUGCACUUGUAGAUCAUAUCAUUGAAGAUAUCUAUAAACAGGCUACAUUUAUUCCAUAUAUAACGGAUUUGAAUAUGAAAGACAGUUAUAUGUCUAAAAUGAAUGAGAAUGAAAGUUUAUCGAACAAACGUAAGCUGUUAUUAGAUCGUGUUGAAAUUGUCAUGAAAAAAGCCUUAAAUUAUCGUGCUCACUUUGAUACUUAUGCCUACUUAUGGAUAGAUGAUCGUAAUGAGUUUAUGCAACAAUUUUUGUUAUAUGGACAAGCUAUUAACCAAGAAGAUCUUGAUUUAAUCAAUGCCGGUGGCAUACAGCCAUCUACAGAACUAGGUGAUAACCAAAAUGGAGAUCAAUUCCCUGUAUUAAAACCACCUACCUUGGAGCAAUUUAAGGAGCAGAUUGAUUAUUAUGAAAAAGUUUAUGAAGAGGUUGAUAAGUUGGAUGGUUCUACUAAAUUCGAUUCCUGGUUCCGUGUGGAUGCCCGUAAAUUUAAACAAGCACUCAUAAAUGUCAUCAAAAGGUGGAGUUUAAUGUUUAAACAGCACUUAAUUGAUCACGUUACAACAAGUUUGGAAGAUUUAAAUAAAUUUAUUCAGAUUUCUACUAAUGGUCUGAGUGUAGAUCUUCAGGAUGGAAAUUAUGAUUCUUUAAUCAGUGUAAUGGGACACUUGGGGCGUGUUAAAGAUCGUCAGGUUGCAACUGAUGAAAUGUUUGAACCACUAAAGCAAACUAUUGAAUUAUUAAAAACAUAUAAUCAAGAAAUGCCUGAUGAAGUUCAUCAGUUACUAGAGACCUUACCGGAAAAAUGGAAUAAUGUCAAGAAACAAGCUGUAUUGAUGAAACAAGCAGUUGCACCGCUGCAAAAUAAUGAAGUAGCCAAUAUACGUCGUAAAUGUGCUAAUUUCGAUGUGAAGCAGCACAUCUACCGUGAAGAAUUCCGAAAAAUUUCACCAUUUAAUUACAGCUGCCAGAACGCUUAUGAAAUUAUAGACAAGAAUCACCACAGUUUACUACAACUAGAAAUCGAAAUGGCUAAUCUCCUUACUUCAGCCAGUUUAUUUGAAGUCAAUGUGCCAGAAUUUAAACAAAUUAAACAGUGUCGCAAAGAACUGAAAUUACUUAAAACAUUAUGGGAUUAUAUCAAUUUAAUACAGACAAGUAUACACGACUGGACACUUAGUUCAUGGCGUGCAGUGAAUGUUGAACAAUUAGAUUUGGACUGCAAAAAAUUUGCUAAAGAUUUACGUAGUUUAGAUAAAGAAAUGCGUGCGUGGGAUGCUUACGUGGGUAUAGAAGAUAAAGUUAAAAACAUGCUGACCUCAUUGAGAGCAGUUAGUGAAUUACAAAACCCAGCAAUACGUGACAGACAUUGGAUACAGUUGAUGAAGGCUACUGGGGUCAGAUUUGAAAUGAGUGAAGAAACCACUCUAAUGAAUUUAUUAUCUUUAAAUUUGCAUCAUUUUGAAGAUGAAGUACGCAAUUUAGUUGAUAAGUCCGUUAAAGAAAUGACUAUGGAGAAAGUAUUGAAAGAAUUACAUACUACAUGGUCUCAAAUGACCUUUGAACAGGAUAUUCACCCACGCACUAACUUAGCUCUACUAAAAGCAAGUGAAGAAUUGAUUGAAACUCUUGAAGAAAAUCAAGUACAAUUACAAAAUAUGAUGACAUCGAAAUACAUUGCCUAUUUUCUUGAUGAUGUAUCAGCAUGGCAGAAGAAGUUGUCCACUGCUGACCAAGUGAUCACAAUCUGGUUCGAAGUCCAACGCACAUGGUCGUAUUUAGAAUCAAUAUUCAUUGGUUCGGAAGAUAUACGUAAACAAUUGCCUCAGGAUUCUUCAAGAUUUGACAGAAUUGAUCAUGAUUUUCGUCAGCUAGUUAGUGAAAUCGGCGAUGAUCGUAAUGUUAUCAAGGCCACAAGUCGACCAAACCUGUAUGAACGCUUGGAAUCAAUACAGAAGGACUUAAUUUUGUGUGAAAAGGCGCUGGCUGAAUAUUUAGAAACAAAACGUCUUGCAUUCCCACGCUUUUAUUUUGUCUCACCAACAGACUUGUUGGAUAUUUUAUCGAAUGGAAAUAUCCCAGAACAGGUUACUAAACACUUAACGAAAUUAUUCGACUCAAUGGCUACAUUGAAAUUUCGUUCGAAAUCGGAUGGCAAAGUAUCUUUAGCUGGUUCACAAAUUGGUUGGACAACUGAAGUGAACAUAAAUUUUGCUCGACUGGAAGAAGGUUAUGAGAAUGCUCUAAAAGACUAUAACAAGAAACAGAUACAACAAUUAAAUGCGUUAAUUACUCUACUAAUUGGUGAAUUGAAUUCGCAAGAUCGUCAGAAAGUUAUGACUAUUUGUACAAUUGACGUACAUAAUCGUGAUGUUGUUGGUAACACACCAAGAUUGGUCAUAACACCAUUAACCGAUCGCUGUUAUAUCACAUUGACUCAGUCUCUACAUUUAACAAUGAGUGGUGCACCAGCAGGACCAGCCGGUACAGGCAAAACAGAAACUACUAAAGAUUUAGGACGUGCAUUAGGUAUUAUGGUUUACGUAUUUAAUUGUUCUGAACAAAUGGAUUACAAGUCAAUUGGCAAUAUAUAUAAAGGAUUAGCCCAGUCUGGUGCAUGGGGUUGUUUUGACGAAUUUAAUCGUAUAUCCGUUGAGGUAUUAUCCGUUGUUGCUGUUCAAGUCAAGUGCAUACAAGAUGCGAUAAGAGAUAAAAAGAAACGUUUCAAUUUCCUGGGUGAAGAGAUUAGUUUAGAUCCAACCGUUGGUAUAUUUAUUACAAUGAAUCCUGGUUAUGCUGGGCGUGCCGAACUACCUGAAAAUUUGAAAGCACUAUUUCGUCCAUGUGCAAUGGUUGUACCGGAUUUUGAAUUGAUUUGUGAAAUUAUGCUGGUGGCCGAAGGUUUUACAGAUGCAAGAUUAUUAGCUAGGAAAUUUCUGACACUUUACAACUUGUGCAAAGAAUUAUUGUCUAAACAAGAUCAUUAUGAUUGGGGCUUAAGAGCCAUCAAAUCUGUGUUGGUUGUUGCCGGGGCAUUGAAACGCAGUGACCCAGGACGUCCGGAAGACCAAGUACUUAUGCGUGCACUACGUGAUUUUAAUAUACCUAAAAUUGUUACUGAUGAUCUACCUGUCUUUAUGGGCUUAAUUGGUGAUUUGUUCCCAGCGUUAGAUGUACCCAGGAAACGUGAUCUAGAACUUGAAAAGCAGGUGAGGCAGGCAGCAAUCGACUUGAAGCUACAAGCUGAAGAUAACUUUGUGCUCAAAGCCAUACAACUUCAAGAAUUAUUUGCUGUACGACAUUCAGUAUUUGUAUUAGGCAAUGCCGGCACAGGAAAAUCAAUGGUAUGGAAAACCUUGUACCGUACUAAUUUCAACAUGAAAAAAAAACCAGUUGCCAUUGACUUAGAUCCUAAAGCUGUUACAAAUGAUGAAUUAUUCGGUGUCAUUAAUCCAGCUACACGUGAGUGGAAGGAUGGUCUGUUCUCUGUUAUCAUGAGAGAUUUAGCUAAUUUAACACAUGAUGGACCUAAAUGGAUUGUACUUGAUGGUGAUAUAGAUCCAAUGUGGAUUGAAUCAUUGAAUACAGUUAUGGAUGAUAACAAAGUUCUGACAUUAGCUAGUAAUGAGCGUAUUCCAUUGACACCUACAAUGCGCUUGUUAUUUGAAAUAAGUCAUUUGAAGACAGCUACACCAGCCACCGUAUCAAGAGCAGGGAUACUCUAUAUCAACCCGCAAGAUCUUGGAACAACUCCAUUUAUAUCUAGCUGGUUAACUGCUCGUGAAUUGCAGUCAGAGCAAGCUAAUUUACAAAUACUUUUCGAUAAAUAUGUGCCACCAUGUCUGGAUGUUCUACGUGUACGCUUUAAGAAAAUCACUCCGAUUGCGGAAAUUGCUCAUGUACAAAUGCUGUGCUAUUUACUUGACUGUCACUUAACACCAGAAACUACGCCACCUGAUUGUCCAAAAGAAUUAUAUGAAUUAUAUUUUGUAUUUUGUGCUGUAUGGGCGUUUGGUGGUUCACUGUUUCGAGAUCAAUUAGUGGAUCAUCGUGUUGAAUUUAGUAAAUGGUGGGUAACCGAAUUCAAAACUGUUAAAUUUCCAACCAAUGGUGUUAUAUUUGACUACUUUAUUGAUCCUGUAAGCAAGAAAUUUGAACCUUGGUCAAAGAGGCUACCAGUUUUUGAAUUGGAUCCUGAGCUCCCGUUACAGGCUAUGCUGGUACCUACAACAGAAACAGUACGCUUACGUUAUUUCUUAGAUCUAUUAUUGCAACGUAAACGUCCAGUUAUGUUGGUCGGUAAUGCAGGUACUGGAAAGACUGUACUUGUACAGGAUACAUUUUCAAGUUUCAAUGAAGAUGUUAUGGUUACAAACGUACCAUUUAAUUUUUAUACAACAAGUGAAAUGCUUCAACGUAUAUUAGAAAAACCAUUGGAAAAAAAAGCUGGUAGAAAUUAUGGCCCACCUGGAAAUAAACGUCUAAUCUAUUUCAUUGAUGAUUUGAAUAUGCCAGAAGUUGAUACUUACUUUACAGUUCAACCACACUGUUUAAUAAGACAACAUAUUGAUCACUCACAUUGGUAUGAUAGAACGAAACUAACAUUAAAAGAAAUAAACAAUACUCAGUAUGUUGCAUGUAUGAAUCCAACAUCUGGUAGUUUCACAAUUGACCCACGGCUACAAAGACACUUUUGUGUGUUUGGUUUAAGUUUUCCCGGUCAAGAAGCGCUGAAAACAAUUUAUUCGUCUAUAUUAACGCAACACCUGUCACUAAUCAACUGUUCUUCAGCCUUACAAAAGUUUGCUACAAAUAUAACUGAUUGUGCUUUAUUAUUGCACGCUAAAGUGGCUACUGUAUUUUUACCGACAGCUAUCAAAUUUCAUUAUAUAUUCAAUUUACGUGAUUUAUCCAACAUUUUCCAAGGUUUAUUGUUUUCUGGAAAUGAAUGUAUUCGACAACCAACUGAUUUAAUACGUUUAUGGAUGCAUGAAUGUGAACGUGUGUAUUCUGAUAAACUAAUUGAACGUGAGGAUGUUGAAACAUUUGAGAAAAUUCUGGCGGAUAUUACGAAGAAAUGCUUUGAAGAUAUGGAUGAAAAUGUAUUAUUUGCCAAACCAAACAUGUAUUGUCAUUUUACCCAAGGAAUUGGUGAACCAAAGUACUUACCAAUAGUAAAUAUGAAUGAAUUAAGUAAAUUACUUAAUGAAGCCUUGGAUAACUAUAAUGAGUUGAAUGCUGUAAUGAAUUUAGUCCUAUUCGGUGAUGCUAUUUCACACAUACUAAGAAUUAAUCGAAUCUUGGAAGCACCACGUGGCAAUGCAUUACUAAUUGGUGUCGGUGGUUCAGGGAAACAAUCUUUAUCAAGAUUAGCUGCAUUUAUUAGUUCACUAGAAGUAUUUCAGAUAACAUUGCGCAAGGUACGUCGUUUACUCAAAGUUGUUUUAUGCUUCUCACCAGUUGGUUCAACAUUACGUGUUAGAGCUAGAAAAUUCCCAGCAAUUGUCAAUUGUACAUCAAUUGAUUGGUUUCACGAAUGGCCGAAGGAAGCUUUACUCUCUGUAUCCAAACGCUUCUUAAGUGGCAUUGAAUUAUUACCUGAAAAUAUACGACCAUCUGUUGCUGAGUUUAUGUCAUACGCACAUCAGUCAGUCAAUGAGAUUAGUGUUACAUAUUUGCAAAAUGAACGUCGUUAUAACUAUACAACGCCCAAAUCAUUUUUGGAACAAAUACAGUUAUAUGAAAAUAUGCUAAAUCAGAAGCAUACCGAUUUGGUUGGUAAAAUGACACGCUUAGAAAACGGUCUACAGAAAUUAGAAAGUACAGCUCAACAAGUUGAUGAUUUGAAAGCGAAACUGGCUGCACAAGAAACCGAAUUAGCACAGAAAAAUGAAGAUGCUAACAAACUGUUAGCUAUUGUAGGCGCCGAAACAGAAAAGGUCAAAGAAGAAAAAUUAUUCGCAAAUCAGGAAGAAGAGAAAGUUGCAAAAAUCAAAACUGAAGUGUUGAAAAAGCAAAAAGAUUGCGAAAUUGAUUUGGCUAAAGCAGAACCAGCCUUAAUGGCAGCGCAAGAGGCGUUGAAUACACUGAAUAAGAAUAAUCUAACCGAAAUGAAAUCAUUCGGUUCACCACCAGCAGCUGUCAUUAAUGUAACAGCUGCUGUUAUGGUAUUAAUGGCACCAGAUGGUAAAGUGCCUAAAGAUCGUAGUUGGAAAGCAGCUAAAGCAGGAAUCAUGAGUAAAGUUGACUUGUUUUUAGAUAAUUUAAUUAACUAUGAUAAAGAAAAUAUUCAUGAAAAUUGUUUGAAAGCAAUUCAAGAGUAUCUAAGAGAUCCAGAAUUCGACCCAGAGUUUAUCCGCAAUAAAUCGACAGCAGCUGCUGGCCUUUGCUCGUGGGCAAUAAAUAUAGUACAAUUUUAUAACAUCUACUGUGAAGUUAAACCAAAACGUGAUGCAUUAGACUCAGCUAAUGAAGAACUACGUCAAGCAACUGAAAAAUUAGAAACUAUCCAGAAAAAGAUUAAGGACUUAGAAGAAAAAUUGAAAAAGCUAACAGACGAAUUCGAAACAGCAACAAUGGAGAAACAAAGAUGUCAAGAUGAAGCGGAAUUAACCUACAAGACAAUUGAAUUAGCCAAUCGACUGGUGGGAGGUUUAGCUUCAGAAAAUGUACGUUGGGCACAACAAGUGAAGCAAUUUAAAGAACAAGCUAUCACACUACCUGGUGAUGUGUUGCUAACUGCCGCAUUUCUGUCCUAUGUUGGUUGUUUUACAAAACGUUAUCGUACAGAACUGUUAGACCAACACUGGACACCAUUUUUAAAAUCAGUUAGUCCCUCAAUACCAAUUACACCUGAUUUGGACCCACUAGACAUGUUAAUCGAUGAUGCCGUGAUAGCUACGUGGAACAACGAAGGUUUGCCAUCAGAUAGGAUGUCUAUAGAGAAUGCCACUAUACUUACAAAUGCUGAACGUUGGCCACUUAUGAUUGAUCCACAACUGCAAGGUCUUAAGUGGAUUAAAACACGGUUUGGCACCGACUUGAAGGUAAUACGUUUAGGUCAGAAAGGUUACUUGGAUCAUAUAGAACGUGCUAUCUCAGCUGGUGAAACAGUAUUACUAGAAAACAUUGAAGAAACUGUUGACCCGGUACUCGAUCCCUUACUCGGUAGGAAAACUAUCAAAAAAGGAAGAGCUAUACGUCUUGGUGAUAAAGAGGUCGAAUAUAGUCCAGAUUUUCGGUUAAUCCUACAAACGAAAUUAGCCAAUCCCCACUACAAACCAGAAAUGCAAGCCCAAACUACACUAAUUAACUUCACUGUGACACGUGAUGGUUUAGAAGAUCAGUUGUUAGCUAGUGUUGUAAACAAAGAACGGCCGGAUUUAGAACAACUGAAAGCUGAUCUAACAAGGCAACAAAAUGAAUUUAAAAUUACAUUGAAACAACUGGAAGACAGCUUAUUGGCAAGAUUGUCAGCUGCAGAAGGAAAUUUCCUUGGUGAUUAUGCAUUAGUUGAGAAUUUAGAAACAAAUAAACGCACAGCUAUUGAGAUUGUUGAAAAAGUUGCACAAGCUAAAAUUACUGAAGUACAAAUAAAUGAAGCUCGUGAAUUAUAUCGUCCGGCAGCGUGUCGUGCAUCGUUAUUAUAUUUCAUUCUGAAUGAUUUAAAUAAAAUCAAUCCAAUGUAUCAGUUCUCAUUGAAAGCAUUCCGCAGCGUAUUUGAAGUAGCCAUGGAUCGAGCAGAAUCAGCUGAGGAUAUACAUUUACGCGUUAAUAACUUACUGGAUUCGAUCACUUUUUCUGUUUAUAUGUAUACAUCAAGAGGUUUGUUUGAAAAAAGACAAAUUAAUAUUACUGCGCAAAUGGUAUUUCAAAUACUAACAAUUUCAAAUGAGAUAAAUCCAGUUGAAUUAGACUUUUGCUAA